UUAAAUUGGCCCCUUUAGAACUCUUCACAUGACUCCACCCUCCUAAUUUAAUACACACACACACCUCUUUUAGUUCCCCUUCAUUCGGUGGUCGUAUCAAUCAACAAGCAUUCAAGAUUCCAUUUUUCUGCAAACACUUCUUCGUCUUCUUCACGUAGACAACACCCCUCUUGAUCUUCCUCACACCCACAUCAAAAUCGGUGAUGAAUUUUGGUGGUUGUAGCUUAGUAAUGUGAAGUUUUAGGGUUUGUGGAUUAUAUUAAAGGUAGAUUUUGCUUGUAAGUUGGGGUUUUAGAGGGAUGUUAGGGAAGGAAGAUGGUGGGGAUGGUGGCGGUGAUGGGGGCGGUAAUGACGGUGGUAAUCGGAAAAUGUACUGGCGGUCGGCUUCGUGGUCGUCUUCGCGGAUGUCUUUGCCGCCACUUGAUCCGAACGGAGGUAAUAGUGGCGGCGGCGAUAGGUUGUUUCCGGCCCCGUUAACCCCUAGGUCAAGUAGCAAAAACCGGUCACUCCUGCCGCCGCUUUCGAUUACUAGAAGAAGUUUAGACGAGUGGCCGAAAGCGGGAUCGGAUGAUGUCGGUGAGUGGCCGCUUCCUAGUACGCCUAGUGGCGAAAGGUUGAAACUUGAUUUGUCGACGAUUCAACGAAUCCCGGAUAAGAACACGACACUUGGCAAACGAGAAAAGAUUGCGUUUUUCGAUAAAAAAUGCUCGAAAGUCGCUGACCAUAUCUUCCUUGGCGGCGAUGCGGUCGCGAGAGAUAAAAGUAUUCUCAAACAACACGGAAUCACGCACGUUCUUAAUUGUGUCGGUUUCACCUGCCCUGAGUAUUUUAAAGAAAAUUUCGUUUAUCGAACGUUAUGGUUGCAAGAUAGUCCUUCGGAAGAUAUCACAAGCAUAUUAUACGAUGUUUUUGACUACUUUGAAGACGUUAGAGAACAAAACGGGAUGGUUUUCGUUCACUGUUGUCAAGGGGUUUCCCGUUCUACUUCGUUAGUAAUCGCUUACCGAAUGUGGCGAGAAGGUCAAAGUUUCGAUGACGCGUUUCAAUACGUCAAAAAAGCUAGAGGAAUUGCCGAUCCGAAUAUGGGUUUCGCGUGCCAGUUGUUACAAUGUCAAAAAAGAGUACAUGCGUUUCCGUUAAGUCCGAGUUCGUUACUUAGAUUAUACAGAAUCGCCCCGCACUCACCUUAUGAUCCGUUACAUCUUGUUCCGAAGAUGCUAAAUUCACCGUCACCGACUGGUCUAGAUUCUCGAGGUGCAUUUAUUAUACAAGUACCGUCAACGAUCUAUUUAUGGAUUGGUCAAAAAUGCGAGUCUUUAAUGGAACGAGAUGCAAGAGGUGCGGUUUGUCAGAUCGUUAGAUACGAAAAGGUUCAAGGGCCCGUAGUUGUGGUUAAAGAAGGAGAAGAACCGGCUUACUUUUGGGACGCGUUUUCAAAUUUCUUACCGUUAAUGGAUGAUCUCGAGUCGUGUAACGUCAUCCCGGGUAAACGAACAGUUGAUUCGUAUAACGUCGACUUCGAGAUUUUUCAAAAAGCGAUUGUCGGUGGAUUUGUGCCGCCAUUUGCGUCAUCCGAAACCGACCAGGAAACGCAUCUUCCCGCUAGAGAAAGUUCGUGGAGCGUGUUGAGACGAAAGUUUGCGUUUGGGAAUAUGAAGGAAUUCGUUUUGGCUUCUAAGUUAUCAAAUCUAUCACUUGCUUCCAAUAAAGUUUCAUCUCAUUCUAUAUCUAAAACUUCCGAAUUUAUAGACGUUAAUUUUACUUCCGUCUCGUCAAAAAGUUCCGAACGUAGAGCGGGUCCCCCUAAAUGUGUUAAUCUAGAAUCAAACGACCGUCCAAAUGACCCAAAUCACGAACCGAAGAACGUCAACGUAACGGUGGAAAAUGAAUUGGAAUACGAGAACGCAAGUCAACAGGUUGUGGCACACGAAUGGCCCAGUUUGGUAAAACUUUCGAGGGUUAAUCUUGGUAAUCUGGACUCACGACGGAUGUUAAUUUUUACUGGUUCUAGCUUGGGUUCGGGAAAUACAGGCGAAUGUGAUAUUUAUAUAUGGGUGGGAAAAGAUUUUAGACGUUUGGAUAACAGCGUGAAUGCACGUGAUACAAAUGACGGGUGUGGUGACCCACCGGAUUUUAACAUGAAGGAAGUUGUUAACGAAGUUCUUGCUCGUAUGGGCCUGCCGGAGGACACUCGUGUCAAGGUUGUGAAGCAAGACAAAGAGCCUUCGGAGUUUCUCGCACUGUUGAGUUCGUUGUAGCACAGAGUCAAUCAGAGGCCCUGCAGUCUUUCAUAAUGUCUCAUUUCGUCACCUUCAACGAUAUUUCAGAGAAAGAUAUAGUGGCAGUUUUCUUUUUCGCGAAGUUUUUUAAACGGAAGUUGAUCGUUUAUCGAUAUUGAAGGGUUGCGAGGUUCUGGUCGCCUUUUUUUCCUUAACCGUUGGUUCUUUUAGUGGAAGUCUUUUGUAUAUUGGUUUGUAAGAACGGUUCCAAAGUCGAAAAUUACUGUAGUUUUUGCUGCGAAAGUAGUUGUUUCUGUUUUACUUAUGAUGAUGCUUCAUAAGUGAUUGUUAUAGGAGUUGAGUAAAAGUUAAAUGGUUUCAAAGUAGUUACAGUUUCCUUUUUUUA